AUGACAGCAAUUGCAGAGUUUCACAAGUACACGUGUCUUCAAUUURUUCCGUAUCGACCGGGUAUAGACAAAAACUAUAUCACCUUCGACAAGGAUUCAGGGUGCUCUUCUAGAGUGGGAAAGAAGUAUUUUAAGGCAGGAGCACAAACCAUUUCUCUUGGAAAUGGAUGUAAUAAUGUYGGCACGAUACAACACGAGAUAAUGCACGCCAUAGUUCAAAGCUACGGAUGGUCACGUUGGACUGGAUUUACACCRUGUAAUGACAAAUGCUACAAAACCCGGGAACGAUUCUGUUAUAAUCCAGGAAAUGUAAAAUAUUGUGGUGGAAAUACAAAUGYGUAUGGUAUUGAGAAGCAAGAAGUAAAGUGCACGAAAGAGGAAUGCGAUGGGCAAUUCGCAAUUGAUGGUAACUGGGGACUUUGGAGUAAAUGGACUAAAUGCACUGCUACAUGCGAUAACGGUGUCAGGGAGCGUUAUAGAAAGUGUGAUAACCCAGUACCAGGAAAAUACGGCAAACCAUGUGCUGGAAGUGCAAGUGAGAAGAACAUCUGCACCGUAGCAAGAUGUCAUAAGGAUUAUGAUGACACUGAUUUUGAAGAUCCAUUUAAUCCUUUUGGAAUGUGGAAGAACAAACCUGGUUCUGAUAUAUAUUGGAAAAGAAACAAAGAUUUCACCCAGACAAUACAUACAGGACCAAUGAGGGACCAUACAACAGGCAGCGGGUAUUAUCUAUAUAUGGAGUCAUCCACACCGGCCCAGAGCAAUUACAAAGCAAUACUGACUAGCCCAUCAAUGACGCCCAAACAAGGCGGACAAUGCUUAAAGUUUGCCUACUCGAUGUACGGCGGAACUAUGGGAUCUCUGGAAGUCAAAUUGCGUUACAAURCUCUACAAGCUAGUCUUUUUUACMAAUCUGGAGAUCAAGGCGAUCUCUGGCACUCGACGAGCAUUUCACUGAAUUUUCCCACAAUGCCUGGAUAUAAGCUUGAGAUUAUUGCCACAGUUGGCCAUACAGGAUACUCAGACAUCGCCAUAGAUGACGUAUAUAUUGACGAUGGAUUAUGCUCAUGUCAGGACAAGUACAUUGCAUGUGUUACUUGGGCAAUAAACGGAGAAUGCGAUAAGAACAAGAUUUGGAUGUCAAGCUAUUGCAAAAGAAGCUGUAAGAUAUGUGGCAAUGAUCAAACAUCAGUUGCAACACCAGCACCAACGCCCAAGCCAACACCCAAUCAAGAUUGUAAAGACACCGAUCCGGUUCAAUGUCCUCUCUGGGCAAAUAUUGGAGAAUGCAGUAAAAACACGGUCUACAUGCAUAAAAACUGUGCGAGAAGCUGCAAAAUAUGUCAAGGGGAAACUUGCUAUGAUAACAAUACUAGUUGCAAAGGAUGGGCUGAUAUCGGAGAGUGCACAAAGAACCCUGCAUACAUGAAAGUAAUGUGUAAGAAAUCCUGUGGAGUGUGCCACUAAAAUGUUAAGAAUCACAUUCAAUUAAAGGGAAAAAUUAAAACGAUUCAUAGUGCUGUAGUGAGUGGAGAUUUUCUCACCUUUUUGGCUCACUUCUCCUUUUUUGUCUAUAUAGAGUCUUUAUUCUUAACCGUCUCGGAGUCCAAACAAURUGUGAAGUAA